UCUGCUGGCCUGGGAAGCAGGGGCCCAUUCUGAAGCUGUUUUGAUGGAGGAUGGUGUGAGAAAUCCCUUCUUGGCUCUGGUGUUGGCUAUGAACUGAGGAUGACAGUGGCUGCUCUGAAGUCCCACCCAGGGGCGAAGGAUGCCACUCUGGGUGUUCUUUGUAAUCCUCACCCUCACCAGUGGCUCCCACUGUUCACCGUCCCCAUCACUGCCCUUCAGGAUUCGUCGAUAUGCAGAUGCCAUCUUUACCAGCAGCUACAGGAAAGUUCUGGGCCAGCUGUCUGCCCGCAAACUGCUCCAGGACAUCAUGAGCAGGCAGCAGGGGGAGAGGAACCAGGAACAAGGACCCAGGGUACGGCUUGGCCGUCAGGUGGACAGCAUGUGGGCAGACCACAGGCAGAUGUCUCUGGAGAGCCUCUUGGCAGCCCUGCUGCAGAAGCACAGCAGGGACUCCCAAGGAUGAAGUCUUCAGCAGAGGCUCCAGCCACCCGUACCUCAAACACAACUGGACCCAGUUACUUCUGCUUCAUUUCUGACCCUCUCCUUCCUGUAAAUACAAUAAAACCCCCAUCCUGAUCUGCAUUUCAACUUC